GUUGUCUGGCAUGAAGUGAGGGGUGGGACUUCCUGCCCAUAGUGUGAAAUGGGGCGGGACUUACUAAUCAUCUUACUAAUCAUCCCCCUCCUUGCCCACACUCCCUCAGGUGUCACUUGGCUCUCCAACACCCAAACCCGCGCAGACUGUCUGUAGUUCUGUCCUGCGGUGGAUGCUCUGGGGGAAGGACCUGGUGGGAACCGGCUGCAGAGAGCAGGACCUGCGGACUCCGGCCCUUGGAUUAUGAUGGCUCUGGCAUGUCCCGUGUCGUCGGGGGCAGAGAUGCCCAGGCGGGGGCCUGGCCCUGGAUCGUCAGCAUCCAGAGCCCCUGGGAAGCAGGCACGGGGCACAUCUGCGGAGGGUCCCUCAUCGGCACACAGUGGGUCCUCACAGCAGCCCACUGCUUCACCGAGGCCAUGAACACCGAGAUGUGGCGUGUGGUGGCCGGUGCCACCGACCUGACUCAGCUGGGCCCUGAGGUUCAAAUACGCAGCAUCAAGCAGAUCUUUGUUCAUGAAAACUACAACAACAUCUCGCAGAGGAACGACAUCGCCCUGCUGGAGCUGGACCAGCCCGUGCAGUGCAGCUCUCACGUGCAGCUCGCCUGCCUGCCCAAUGCCACGCUCAAAGCGUCACAGCUCACGACCUGCUACGUCAGUGGCUGGGGCGCCACCCAUGAGGAAGGCGGAACGUCCGAUGUGCUGCAGGAGGCCAAGGUCCCCCUCAUCGACACCCACGUUUGCAACAGCAGCGGGUGGUACCGCGGGGCCAUCCACACCCACAACCUGUGUGCGGGAUACCCGCGGGGCGGCAUCGACACCUGCCAGGGGGACAGCGGUGGUCCUCUCCUCUGCAAAAAUCGCCAUUCUGACCACUUCUGGCUGGUGGGAGUGACCAGCUGGGGAAGAGGCUGCGCCAGAGUCCGUCGGCCGGGGAUCUACACCUCCACGCAGCACUUCUUAGACUGGAUCCUGGUGCAGAUGGGGCUGCACCCACCAGAGGCGGCUGCACCAACAGCACAGCCAACACCCACGGGCAAGGCGCCCUGUCCACUUCCACGUCGGAAGAUGGCAAAGUUCGCUAAUCUGCUAAAGGAUCUCCUGAAGGCCAUCAAGAAAAUAAUGGCUUGAGCAGCAGGAUGGGCAUGAUCUGGUGCAGUGACCCUUGCCAGUUUUGAAUCUGCACUUAAGCCUUUCAUUCAAUUCUAGCCAACCUGUCUCAAUAACUCAGAAUACUUUUGUUCACCAACUUAUGAUUGAGAGUUAAUAGACAGGAGCUAAUUUCCUUUUGUGAUCCUGUUCAAUAAAUUGUAAAUUGCUGCUAAAUCAAAGUCUCAACCAA